GAUAUUCAUUCUACACGUACCAAGAACCAAUUCAUUUGUCGUUGCUCAAGCGCUCAAAUGGUGUGUUCACCGCGUUAAACAAAGAUCGCCCGUUCCAUCCAAGGACGUUUUAGUUGGGACAAGAUAGACCAGCCCAUCAUCGUACGCCCACUACUUGACUACCAAGUUUCUUGGUCCCGCGCAAGAGAGGAGGGGUUCUCAGUACUCAGCCGUGUUGGCGAAUUGGUCUCCCCUCACUCCUUUGAUGAGGACCUCCUUCCCAUUACUCUGGUCCAUACCCUGUCUUGCGAACGAACGAAUGACCCUCCCUUCUCUCCUUACCCACUCACAAACUCGACGUCAAUAUGAUAUGCCCAGAUUUCACGCGAUGCAUGUUGAGGCUUCGACACUCUCUCGCUUGACGCGGACAACUAUUCCGUUCUCCCCCAACCUUGGUUUAUCAGCAACAUAUGCAUCGCCCAGAAGUCUUGCAGAGACGGUCUCUGCAGCUCUGGCAAUUCGAGCGGAAAGUGCGAUGGGGGCUGAUUCAUCUGUUCGCUUUACUCUCUUUCUCCGGUUUUACUGCAUGCUCGAUAGUGGACUGCAAUGCUUAAUUUUUGCAUUAAAAUACAAGUCCUAAUCCCCGGAACUUGAAAGCAACCAUGUUGCUAUACCUAAGCGUUCUCCGCUAAAGGGAUAACUCGAUGAUCUAUCGUCCUGUCAGAAAUGGUGAUGCCCUCUGCUGCUCCCAA